ACUACAUUGUGUUCUGGGCGGGAGUAGAGCUUUGAGCGAGCGAGAGAUAGUCGGAGUUCGGAGUACUGGUCGAUGCAUUGCCUUGAGGUGGAUGGAAAUAUGGUUGGAAUUCGAUGGUUUGAGAUCGUUGUUUGAAUCGGUGCGAUAAGAACUUUGAACCUGUGAAUGAACGAUUGGCGCCGCCUCGAGGAAGCCAUGCAUGCCACCUCCAGGACAUAAAAACUCGCCUGUCUUGCCAGAUUUCCUCCAGGUAAAAUACCAGUAUACCAACCAGUGAGUGUCGGUCAACUUGUGCACUCCCGUAAUUGAUCACCAGAUUACAGUAACGGGCUAUGGCUGCUAGAGAGUGGACCUGCAAAGAAGCUUCAACCGCAGUGCAAUCCAAAAUACCAAUCCUGAAGCAGGAGUUUGAAGGACACGAGAGGGAGAUUUGGAGUUUCGUUUUCUUGCACGACAACAUCCACAUCGUGAGUGGUUCAGUAGACGGCACUAUGCGCAAGUGGAACUGCAAUACGGGACUUGUUGUCGGGGAACCAUGGAAAGGUGAGGAAGGAAGGAUACAUGCACUAGUGCUUUCACCGGAUGGAAUGAUAAUUGUGUGUGGGAGGAUGGACGGAAGCAUUCAGCGUUGGACUACCGACGGAAAGAGGAUCAAAGGCGCUUGGACGGGUCAUAGCAAAUGGGUGCGGUCGCUCUCGUGGUCACCCAGCGGAAGUCAUUUUGCCAGUGGGUCAGAUGAUGGAACAAUCCUUAUUCGAACAGCAGACAACGGAAAAGUCGUGGUGGGCCCAAUCGACACGAAGCAGAGUAGUGUGUCAAGUCUUGCAUAUUCGCCUUCGGGUGAGAGAAUUGCAUCAGGUGGGCACAACAAAACAAUUUGCAUCUGGAACACGAAGACCGGCAAGCUUGUUAUCGGCCCCAUGGAAGGCCUGGAGCACCAUGUCACGUCGUUGGCAUGGUCAUCGGACGGCACUAAAGUCUAUUCCGCAUCCGACGAAUUCGCACGUGUUUUCGACAGCACAUCAGGCGCACUACUUCAUUCCUUCAAGCACGAUAGUUGCUUAUAUUCGGUCGCACUUUCUCCCAAAGACAAUGUCCUGGCGUGCGUGGGCAUCAACGGCGUUGCACAGCUAUGGGACAUAGAGUCUAACCAGCAACUUGGCGAACCAAUCCACCAGAAUCAUCGUGACGACACCCUUUACUGUGUGUCGUUCUCUCGAGACGGGAGAUACCUAGCAUAUGGCGGAGACAACAACAAACUCACUCUAUGGAUUGUCAAAGACACAGUCCUUCGGCUUCCAGCACCCACACCGCCCGAACAAAGUGAUGGACAAAGCACACAACAGGAAACUCCCAACUCACCAUCAUCAUGCCUCGACGUUGAUGCUACGGGCGGUGCUGGCUUCAUUGAGGAGGCGCAGGGCGACUUAGACAACAACUUCUUCCACCUUCCGCAGGAAUUUCUUCCAUCGCCAUCGCCUGGCCUCCAUUUCCACUCCUUUUUGCUGGCUCGCCGCUUCUUGAAUGUAAUCUCUCGACGUCGUCCACCGUCAGACGAGUCCGUUCCACAAGAACGGUCCAAACAUAGUUUCUUCAGUCGUCGCGCUCGCUCAAACUCGUUCGUGCAGCUUGCAGCCAUUAAACCCAACCAACUAGUGCCGGAAGGGAAAGUGACAGAAGGCGAACGAGGUAAAAGUGUUGAUGAUGUGAGUGCUGUUUCGACUCUUGCACAGUGUCAUCUUAGCACAACGGCCCUCAGUGUGAUUCUGCGAAUGAUUCGCUCAGCGCCAGAAAAGAUAGAGUCAUACGGCGUCCCACCGCUCACCUCGAUAGGGAAGAUCAUCGGAACCGCUGGACACGGCUACUGCAGUCUCGAGGAAAAGAUCAUACAUCUGGUUUCCUCCAUUCCAGCACUGCAGGAUCUUCCAGAUAUCCUGUCGAUGUUUUUCCUGCUCGCGAGGAUGAUAGAUACGGCAUCGUCCCUGAGACUGACGCGGAAGCGGCUGCAGCUAUGCUACGCACGAAUGACGAUGUGACCAACAGUUCAACACAGCCAGGUCAAUCUACAGUGGUGGCACAAGGGUCUCAAAGACGGCCCACACAAACACAAGCCUCGACAAGUGGACCACAAGAAAUCGAAGUAAUCUGCUGUGGGUUUUCCUUUAGCUGUCGUCGUUCUAACUAGUCAUUAAAGAC